AUGCACGCGGCGGUAUGGGAGGGAACGGAGGGCUCGGGUUUCGCGACCUUCCGCUCUCGACUCGAUUACCGGCGCCGUCUUGCGCCCUCGGCCCGCCUUAAGCGCCGCGUCACGGACGCCGAAGGGCCCAGCGACGCGUCGACGCCGUCGCGCCUGAUCAGCGUAGACCGCACGUGCGGAAUUCGCGAUCCGCGUAAUGGGAUUCCUAUUCGCAGAGCGCCCGAUCGUCGUCCGAUCGAAGCGGUGGCGAUUCGCGAGUUGAAACGUCACGCCUCAAGCCGCGCGGUGGUUAUUAGGUCCUCAUUCGAAAAACGUAAUGCGGGAGAAUGGAACGAUUCACUGAUCGCGCGAAACGUCACUUCCGCGCUUUCGAAAAACGUAAUGUGG